UGUCCUGGAACUCACCAUGUAGACCAGGCUGGCCUCAAAUUCAAAGAUCCACCUCCUGCCUGCAUCUACUUCUCAAGUGCUGGGAAUAAAGGUGUGUGCCACCACCAUCCGGUGUUUUAAAAUGAAAUUUUACUUUUUUUCCAACUGCUUGUAUAUUUGUGUCCGUGUGAGGAUUUGUGUACAUGACUGCUAUGCCUGAGAAGUCCAGAAGAGGGCGCCGGAUCACCCCAGAACUGGAGUGACUCGUGCGAGCGAUCCGAUCUGAAAGUCAGGUCCUCUGCAAGAACAGUACUUACUUACAGCUCUUACCCGCCGAGCCCUGUAAACUCCUUUUUGGGCUCUUAAAAGAUAAUUAAUGACUGAGUAUGGUAGCGCACUCCUUUAAUCCCAGCACCCGGAAGGCAGAGGCUGGUUGAUCUUUGUGAAUUCGAAACUGGCCUGGUCUACAUAGUGAGAGGCUAGCCCACGGGCUUGCUAGACCCGACUGUGAGAGAGAACCAGGGAAUCAGGUAAUCCCAAGGCCUGCUGGGACAAAUCCUCAUAGUUAGGACUGUUGGGUUGGUGGAAAUGAGGAAGCGAAGGUCGAAAACAACGAGCUUGGAGCUUGCGCAAAGUAACAUCUUGGCAAUGGCAGUGGGUCCUUGUGUGCCAUAGACAGAAGUAGGACUGAGCCCUCUUGUCCAGGCUGCCCUGGAUCCCUCUCCUGGUGUACUGGCCUCCACCGUUUUCGAACGCCUGCUGUGGUAACCCUUCCAGGUAUUUGGGGCUAGUGAAGGGAAUGGGGCUCGAUGGCAGGAGGGAGGGGUCCUCCUAGUACCCUGAACAGAGCCCACCCUGGCUCCGCCCUACGAGCGCUUCUUACUGGCUCUGGUUGUGCCGGUCUCCCUUCGGGGUACCAGACUGCCCCAAAAUCGCAACAGGGGGGCUGGAGAGGUGGCUCAGCGGUUAAGAGCACUGACUGCUCUUCCGGAGGUCCUGAGUUCAAAUCCCAGCAACCACAUGGUGGCUCACAACCAUCUGUAAUGGGAUCUGAUGCCCUCUUCUGGUGUGUCAGAAGACAGCUACAGUGUACUCAUAUACAAAAUAAAUAAAUCUUUAAAAAAAAAAAUCGCAACAGGGUCCGAGGAUGUAGCUGUUGCCCUACCAGCCGACCAAGGGAGGGGAACCCGCAGCAGAUGGGCGGGGGACGCCUGCCAGUUUGCAGUAGCAACGGCCACGCGUUGUGGAGGCGUGUCUGGGCCCGCUGGGGCCUAGAGGAGCAGCAGGGGCACACACCCAGGACCGCCCCUACUCGCCCGCCAUGUGACCUUCGUCUGUCCCACAGGUGGAAUCCGGAGUCCAGAGCCUGUUGAAAUAAAAUGAACUCCGAGGACCCUGGGUUGCCUCUUCCUGGGGAGCGGGUCUCGGGUUUCCUUUUCACAACCUAGGCCCAGGGAACCAGGUGAUUUGGAAAUCAGUGGGGUGCUCUAGAUUUUAUGGAGCACUUAGAGCCAGGUGUCCAGCGACCCCGGUCUUGGUUCUGGCUGCUAGGUCAGAGAAAGAUAGGACCUUGCAGACACUGGAUUUCCAUGCCCAGCUUAAAGCACUUGGUAGAACAAAUCUCUCCUUUUAACCCUGUUGUAUCUCCCUAAGGUCUCUCUGCAGCCGCUGGAGACCUUUCGGUGGCCUAGGGAGGAGCUCGCAGACCUGUGGGCUUGAAUGAAGUCAUAGGAUGCUGGAGAGGAGGGGAGGCCUCCUGUCCAGGGGGUCAGUGCCCGCACAUCGUGCGACCCCGCCACAGAUGGGACUCUAAGGCCAGAGUGGCAUCCCUGGGGAUGUCGCCGACUCGUCUUCUCCAGCCCCACCCAGUGCAGGGACAAAGGCGGGAGGAGGGUGAGGCUCUGGCCAGACUCUAUGGGGGCGGGGCGGAGCAGGGACACAGCCUCCUUAAAGCCUAGUGGCUGAUAGUUGCGCGCACUUCUUUGGUGCUAGCUUGGGUCAAGCUUGAACUUGGUUACCGCCUUCUGUUUUCGCUCUGCCUUAAAACAGGGGCAAGGAUCCUCCACCCCGAGGUAACAGACCCUGUGGGCCCGUCGCUUUCCCGCAGAACAUGAGACUGCCUAGAGGAGUAGGGGACGCGGCAGAGCUGCGCAAGAGCCUGAAGCCACUGCUGGAGAAGCGCCGGCGCGCGCGGAUCAAUGAGAGCCUGAGCCAGCUAAAGGGUCUAGUAUUGCCGCUGCUAGGAGCAGAGACUUCCCGCUAUUCGAAGUUGGAGAAGGCGGACAUCCUGGAAAUGACUGUGCGCUUCCUACGGGAGCAGCCUGCGUCAGUAUGUUCCACGGAAGCACCUGGGUCUUUGGAUAGCUACCUCGAGGGUUACCGAGCCUGUCUGGCGCGCCUGGCCCGCGUGCUGCCCGCCUGCAGCGUCCUGGAGCCGGCCGUGAGCGCGCGCCUGCUAGAGCACCUGCGACAGAGGACUGUCAGUGGCGGCCCGCCCUCACUGACCCCAGCAUCCGCUUCAGCUCCAGCACCCUCUCCUCCGGUGCCUCCUCCAAGCAGCCUUGGACUUUGGAGGCCAUGGUAGGUUCCUGGAUGUUCCACAGGAUCCUGCUGCUGGCUGUCAAGGGACCUAGCUGACAUUCUCCAUGGUGACUGCAUCUUCGCACUCACUUUGAGAACGGUCUAGCUCCGACCACCCUGACAAGAAUCGGUUGCUGUGACCUGUCUGGGUGAUGAUACCUUCAAAGAAGGGCUCAAUCAGAGGGGGAAAUGGGGCCGAAGGAGAAAGAGCAAAUAUGUGUAGGGUGAGGAGAAAGAGGCCCACAGGAGGAAGUGGCUCUGGCAGUGGACCAGCCAGCGCUGCCUCGGUCACACCUGCCCUAGUGUGGGCAGCAGACCAAGGUCUGGUCCCGAAGCUCACCUGGGCCUGGUGCAGUCUCCUGCUCUGCUGGGCCACUACAUUUCCAGCCACGCCUGCAGCUCAGCUGGGCUUGUGAACCUCUCCAUGGACUUGGCAGAGCACUGAGCAGGGCAAAGGGAGAGGAGGGCAGCCAUUCGUCCACCCCUGGACUUCCCUUCCCACUGAUCUGUAUGCAGGUGGCUUUCCAUUUUAAUUCUCUAAGUGUUAUUUCUUCCCACAGCAGGUCCGGUGGUCUUGGGGUGUGAGGAAAGGGCGGGAUGAGAAGGAGGCUUUCCUGUGGUUGUAAGGGAACCUUGUGGCUUUGGAGGAGCAGAGCACAAGCCCUAGAAUGGAGGAACUCUAGAGAAGCAGAGGAAGGACCACCAAUGGCCUUGCCUGCUUUCUCUGGGAAACCACUCCCUGGGUCCAAGGCAGUAGCUACCAGAAACAACUUGCUCAGAAAUUAUUUCUUCCAAAUGGAAGCCCGGAAGCCCAACAAGACUCGUAAGGGCUUUCAGAUCCCAGGAGGGUGCUCCACAGAAAGUGGGAGGAUUUCUGAACCACAGUCACUCCAAGACCAUGGAGAUUUGCUGAACACCACAGAAAGGCUGCCCCACCCUCACCCCCUUCGCCCCAGUCUGUGCUGGGGACCAGGACACUAGAACCAGGAAGACAGACUGACUGGGGAAGGGACAGUUACUAUCUACUUGGCUGUACGCAUCUAUGAGGAGUCUGGGCACAGGUUUAGGUAGUAGAAAGUGGGGGAGUUGGAGGCAUUCUUAAGGCAGUGCUGUGCUGGGCCUGGUUACCUCCAUUGUAAGCUCUUGGGAGGCAGGGCUGGGCAUAGUGCUCCUGUGUGUACCUCUGAGGCUCUGACUGCACAGUGGCUGUGCAAUAAACAGGGUGAAUUAAAGGAGCUGAUGUGACUGGCUUACAUUGUAUCGAACCGUGGACAGCCUGACUUUUGCUUAGACCACCACUCCAAGUUCCUAGAGCAGCAGUUCUCAACCUUCCUAACCAGGCGACUCUUUACUACAGUUUCUCAUGUUGUGGUGAGCCCCCAGCCAUACAAUUAUUUUUGUUGCUACUUUAUAACUGCAAUUUCGCUACUGUGAUGAAUUGUAAUGUAAGGAUGGUCUGGGAUGACCCUGUGAAAGCUUCAUUCGACUUCCCCAGCGGGGUCAUGACCCACAGGAUGAGAGCCACUAUCCUAGGACCACCCAUAUAUUUGUCCAACCAGGGAACAAACACAGUCUGUUUUCUCGUUCUUUUUUUCUUUUCUUUUCUUUUCUUUUUUCUUUUUCUUUUCCUUUUUUUUUUUUUUCCGGAGCUGGGGACCGAACCCAGGGCCUUGCGCUUGCUAGGCAAGCGCUCUACCACUGAGCUAAAUCCCCAACCCUGUUUUCUCGUUCUUAGUAGAGUGAGAAGAGGCUGAGAGAUCACUGGCUCCUAAACUCACCCAAUAGGCUCUAGGCUUCUCCUUGGGUCUAAACAGACAUUCUCCUAUCUCCACACAGAAGAAUUCUCGAUACUGGUUUACACAAUGAGUUUUCAGCCAUCUUUCCCUGUGUAGUGAGACCCCCGUUUCAAAGGAAAAAAAAAUCUCAACACUGGUACUUCAUUUUAUUUAGCAGAAUGAUCUGCCUGUUUCUGCUUCCUGCAUGCAUGCUGGGAUUAAAGGUGUGCACCACCUCCUGCAGUUUAAAUUUACUUUGUUUCUUCAUUUUGUGUGUAUGGGUGUUUUGCUUGCAUUACCUCGGGUGCCUUAUGUCUGGGGAAGUCAGAAGAGGGCUUCAGAUCCUCUGGAACUGUGUAUGAGUGGUUGCGAGUCACCAUUUGAGCUGUGGGAAUCAAACCAUAAUUUUAUUUUUGAGAUAGGGUUUUACUACACAGCCCUGGCCCAUAACUCACUGAGAUCUGCCUGCCCCUGCCUCUCUCAAGCUCUGGGGUUAAAGGCGUGCCCCACCACAUGGGACCCUUCAUGGGAACUGACUGACCUCUCCUUCCACUUCCUGCUUCUGACCCUCUAUCUCGGUUCUAGUUCUGUGACGAGUAUUGGCCUGGCCUUAAGUUAUUAGGCCGCAGAGUGAAGUGCGUAUGUAUGUAUAAACUGCUGACUCACAGGGCCAGGCGCUCUGGAGAACCUGGGCCCUGGCAUGUCCAGGUGGGUGACGUUCUCAGUCUGAGGCAAGAGGCCAGUUUCUCAGUGGGAUGUGCUGCUGGGAGACUGAGAGGGUCUAGGCUGGUGUUCCUAGCUGGGCUGGUGAAACGGGGGAUGCCUGAAUCCUCUUUCACAAGAUGCCCCGAGUGCUCCUUCCGUGGACCCAGAGACCUGGCUGUGUCGGUGUUCGAUAGAAGCUGUUUCAGAGAGUCUCUCGUGCGUCCCUCUUGACCAUUUAUGAUUACAAAUACCUGCUACCAUGGCCACCUAAGCAGACAUUUUAUGACCCUAAACAGAACCAUGACUGACUAAGAACUUUGGGCAUCUGCCCUGAGACGACCGGAUGUUGAGUCUAACUCUCUGAGUGGGAUGUCACGCCAGCUGGAGAAAAGACUCCUAUGUCUCACAGAACUCCAGUGGGAGAGAUGACUGUGGUUCAGGAAUGCCACAGUGCUGGGGUGCCUGGGAACCCAGUUUUGCCGAGAUGUACAGUUCUGAGGAGACCGGGGCUUUGAAGGGGCCCCUACUUGACUCUCUGGUAUCAGACGGUGAGAAAAGUCUGUAUCUGCCUUCAAUGAGCAUGGGGGCAAAGGAAGAGCUGUGUCUUGUAAAUGCAGCCUGUGGUGCAGCAUUCAAAUAGCUCUGUCUGCCCGAGACUCGGUGCCUCAGCAAACAAGAACCCACUGGUUGCUUGGGACAGAGCAGAAUGGAUCUAGGCUGCAGGAGACACCCGGAAGAUGCUGUGUCCCUAUAGAAUCCUCUAAGCCCUCUCUGUGAGGUGGAGGGAUAGUGGGUAUGGAGGGAAAGCCUUACAUGUGAGCAUCUGCGGCAGUCUCUGGCCACGACAGAGCUGAUAAGGGUCAUGGGCUUGCAGCCGAGGCUACCGGGGUCAGAGCCAGUGCCCAGGCACCCCUAAGAGCCAGGUUUGACCAGUUGUCCUCCAUGAAGCCAAUAAUACCAGCUCAGUGAGUAGAGACGCUUACGCUCAGGACUGGCGACCGGAGUUCAAUCCCCAGGUUUCAGUGGACCGAACAGUGGACAGACAGAACCUGUUCCACGAAGUUGUCCUCUGACCCCCACACGCACGCAGGCCACAGCAAUGGGUACCCUCUGUGUAAUAGCUGGUAAUAACUGACCGGGCAUGGGGGCUCAUGCCUUUAAUCCCAGCACUCGGGAAGCAGAGGCCAGCCUGGUUUACAGAGUGUGUUUAGGAGAGUCAGGGUUGGGGGUUUGGGGAUUUAGCUCAGUGGUAGAGCGCUUGCCUAGCAAGCGCAAGGCCCUGGGUUCGGUCCCCAGCUCCGAAAAAAAAAAGAAUUAAAAAAAAAAAAAAGAAUAACUAAUAGGAGAGUCAGGGCUACACAGAGAAACGGUGUCUGGAAAACCCAAACCAAAUGAUAACAACAACGACAACAACAGAUAAUAAUAAUUAAUAACGAUAAUAGAUAAUAAUUAAUAAUGAUAAUAGAUAAUCAGCGCUGCAACAACAGAAAUGACAUUAAACGUGGCAAAUAGUGAGGAACAACUAAAGAUUUAUUCAAUGCGGCCACACCGGGAGGAGAAGCAACUCGAUCCGGUGACUUCCAGAUCUCACCGUGAGGGGAGGGUUUAAACAGAAGGGAAGAGGUAUGCUUGGCUAAGCAGUCCUGGUCAAGGUGUGGGCCCACCCCAUCACAGUCUCAGCUCCAGUCUCUCCUGCAAGGUGGUCUGACAGGUUGUCAGCUCUGUGUGGAAUUGUUCGUCUGGCACCCACCAGGCUUCAGUCUUUUCUGUCUGCCAGCACGAGAUGCCUGGAGAAGUCCUAAUUCCCCCGAGCUGGUUGUUCAAUGGUUUGCAAGUCACAGGGAGGAGCACCGGUUUCUGUUCAUAAUUUCUGCCUUGGGGUUAAAGUCUCAGCAGGCUGGCUAGUGGUGGCUUUGUUCUUGACAAGGUUCUGGAAGCUUUGCCCACGCACGGAUUUACAACACCUAGGCUCUUGUAACUCGGAUCAUUUUUAACCUUUUACAUAUUACUUUUCACAGACACAUCAGGUUCUCUGCAUGGUUCCAGAGAACAGCUAACGCAGCCUGUGGCCUUAUUUCCUGAAGCCUUAAUUCCUAUGUGGGCCGCCGCGCUGCGUGUGUAUGUCUCUCUGUGCUUCACGGGGCUGCACCCACUCUCUGAGAGCUGCCCGGACCUGCGUUAUCCGGGAGAAAGGAGCCACCCACCGAGGCUUCCCAGUGACACACUUCCGCAGACAAGGCCACACCCACUCCAGCAAGACCACACCCACUCCAGCAAGACCACACCCACUCCAGCAAGACCACACCUCCUAGUAGUGCCACUAACUGGGCCAAGCAUAUUCCGACCACCACAGUGCAUGUCUCAAAGGAGUCCUUUAUUGGUCUUCGGUUUCUCAGAGUGGUUUGUGCUUGGGACAGGGCAUGUGACUCUCAAGGUUAAGUUAGGAGCUGGAUGACAUGAGAGUGGGCUCUUCCCUCCCAGCAGCAGUGUGUGUGGGGGGUGGAUGGCCCACGCUGAGGCUUGCCCACGAAGUGCUGUGAACAGGAGGCACGGUCUGGAAGCAUCCAUCUUCUCCAAGUAGAAAAGGCACGGCAGGGUCUGCCUGUGAGCGAGUCAGUGAACUCUUCAGUCUAAUUUACUCGUCUGUCGCACAGCUCAGCCGUGUUCUGCCUGUUACCUUGAGCUCCUGAAAGUGGAAGUGGCCAGCUCACUGUCCCAGCCUGAGGACGCGCAGCA